CAGUGCCUGAGAACACUCUUUCUUGUACGUCUCUAACUCCACUUCUCAUAUACUAACCCUAACCCAUUGUCAGUGGACCCGAACAUUUCAGACUCUGAGUCAUCUCUCCAGAGGACAGUUUUCUGUUGGUCUUUGGUCUGAUCUUUGAGUGUGUUUGCAUGUUUCAGCCUUUUAGCCUUGUCUCCCAUCUGAAAGGUGAUGUCUUGGUUUCUUCUUUGCUACUGUUCCAUAGAGGCCAUUCCUGAUCAAACUUCUCUGUCAUUGUACAUUCAUACUUUUGUACACUAGUACAGUGAAAUUUGCGUGGACAGCAGAAGGACCAACUUCACAUCCAUAUAAAGCUGCCAGAAGCCGAGAGGCUCUUUGCUAGGCGCCUUCUGGUCUCUCAAAGAAUAAGCGUCUCCUCAGACACAAACCGUUCUCUUCACUUUACGCUAAAUUUUUGUCGUUCACCUCUUCAGGUUCCUCAUAACAGCUUGAAUACCUUAUCUUGAGUAUCCUUUAUUUUCAUGAUUUAGUUUGAGAGGGGCAAAAUUCUGACUUUAUGUUUAGUUUAGUUUUUUUUGUCUUUGGCAUUUUGAAGAGAACGAUGUAAUUGAGACAUCUUAUAUAUCAGGAAGCUUCCAAUAAGUUAAAAUCUAACUGUAUGUAACUACUCUGGUCUGGUAUAAUGAAGGCCACACAUCAUACAGAUGUACAUUUUUCUCCUUGAUCAGCUGACGCCAUGAAAACUAUGAAAAUAAAGACAUACAAACAUUUCAGAUAUACACAAAGUUCCUCAAAAAGUGUAAUUAACGAGUUCCAAAAUAAAGCCUUCAAGCUAGUUUUCUGUCAUUAGACGGGUCCAAUAUGCAACAACAAUGUAUUAAAACCAUCCAUGCAAAGCACUUUAACAAACAAUGCAAACAAAUAUGAAACAAAUAAAUUUAAAAGUCACACCUCUCACACCGUGCAGAAUAGUUAUGUUUUUAGACCAUAUUUCAUGACCCACAUCCCACAGGUGUGACCUAUGACUAACCUGUGGUCAUGUGACUUCUUUAAUUCUCCAUCAAACUUUGUAAAACAUCACUACAUUUUAAACCAAACAUCAGUUUUGAAGGUGUGCAUUGUCAAAGUUACCUUUCUUAACACUUUAUUUAUCCUACUUUUAAUCAGUUUCAAUGGCUGUGUGAAUUAAGAUAUUUAUGAAAUAAUGACAGAAAAUAAUAAAUAAUUUGAUACUAUAACUCAAAAAUUACUAUCUUUUGGACUGUUACACUAUAAAUGAUGUUUUACGCCAAAAAAUAACCUUGAAUCAUAUAAUAACGUGAUUUUUUGAAUACUGUGUACAUAUUUCCUGUAAGUUCUGGUUGUGUUUAAAUACGAAGCUUGAGAAAUACAAUGUGUGUUUGUUGUAACUUUGCUGAAACAACAAACCUAAAAGUGACCUCGAACUUUUGCACAGGAUUGCAUCUUGUAUUAUUAUCCAUCUUUCUUUAUUGUAUGUCACGUGACUCAGGAUUGCAUUGUAUUGUAAUAUUACGCUUUAUAGAGCUUUAUUAUGACUGAUUACUUGUUUUGCAGGUCAUUAAAUAAAUGUUGUGAAAACUACAAAUCCCAGCGUGCACUUGGAGGUUCGGCUAUGUCACGUGAGUGUAGUUUCCAGUAGACGGCGAGGACGCGGCUGUUUACAAACAAGUCGAAGCUCUGCUGCUGUGAACGUCGCUGAUUCUGCGGGUGGGGAAACAGACGGAGGAUGGAGAUUGAACACAUGCAGCCGUAUUUCUUCGGAGACAUCGGCUGCUGGGUGGAGAGAACAGAGGUGCACAAGGCAGCGUCCCUCGGCCAGGCCUCCCAGCUGCAGCACCUCAUCCAGAGUGGAGCUUCAGUAAACUUAGUGGCUGUGGACUCCAUCACACCGCUGCAUGAGGCCUGCCUCCGUGGACAGGCCCAGUGUGUGCAGCUGCUGCUGGACGCUGGAGCUCAGGUGGAUGCGAGGAAUGUGGAUGGAAGCACUCCGCUGUGUGAUGCCUGCUCAGCUGGUAGUCUGGAGUGUGUGAAGAUCUUGCUGGAGCACGGUGCCAAGGCCAACCCUGCACUCACCUCCCGCACAGCCUCACCCCUCCACGAGGCUUGUGUAGGAGGGAACUCGGACUGUGUGGAGCUGUUGAUAGCCAUGGGUGCUUGUCUUGAGGCGUACGAUCUUUACUACGGGACCCCGCUGCACGUGGCUUGUGUUAAUGAACACACAAACUGUGUUAAAGUGCUACUCAAUGCAGGUGCUAAAGUGAACGCUGCAAGGCUACACGAGACUCCACUGCACCACGCCGCUAAAAGCAUGCGAGUUGAGAUGAUUGAGAUCCUGGUGGAGUUUGGGGCCAACAUCUACGCCAGAGAUCACCACGACAAGAAACCUGUGGACUACACCACACCAGGCUCUCCCUCUGCAGCCUGCCUGAAAUUUUAUGAGACCACUCCCAUGAGUCUGCAGCAGCUCAGCAGGUUGGCUGUGAGGAACAAGCUGGGCACCAGGGCUCUGAAGGUCAUCGGUCAGCUGGACGUCCCAAAACUCAUUAUCAACUACCUCUGCUAUCAGUGAGCGCCACCUGGAGGAGGAGCUGGAUCAGUGCUCAAAGGACCGGAGCCUCACAGCUGCUGCACAUUCUCAGACAGCGCAGUAAAGGUAUUACUGAAUUAGAUAUGACAAACGUUGACACACAGUUUAGUGCCAA